AUGGCCUGGAACUUCUUCUGCAAGGCGAAGAUGUCUGUUGCGGGCAAGCAUGUGCUCAUCACGGGCGGCUCCCAGGGCCUGGGGCUUGCCUUUGCAAAGCUUUGCUUCACUCGGGGCGCAAGAGUGACGAUCGUCUCCCGCACAAAAGCAAAGCUUGAGCAAGCUUGUGAUGAGAUUCGGAGUCAGAGCUCUGCGGCAGGAGGCAAGGUCCAAUACCUGGAGAUGGACGUUUCCAACAUGAAAUGCAUCAACUUCUCUCAGCUCAUGGGUCGUGCCGCUGACACCUUCGGGCGCGUGGACGUGGUGGUGGCCAAUGCUGGCACAGGUGUUGCGAAGCUGCUGAUUGGGCCCGAGCUGAGUGACCUCGAUGAGUUGAUGGAGGCGCAGAUCUCAACCAAUCUCUUAGGCAGCCUGCGAUGCGCGAUAGCUGCUGGGCAGGUGAUGGCCAGUGAUGGACAAGGAGGCCGAAUUUGCAUCGUGUCUUCCGCGGCGGGCUUGAUUUCCUUGCCAGGCUAUUCCAUCUACUCGGCCACCAAGUUUGGACAUCGAGGUUUCCUGGCCGGUGCAUAUCACGAGCUGCGCCGACACGGAGUCCACCUGUCAGUUUACUACCCGGGAAGUAUCAACACUCCGGGCUUCUUGGAAGAGAAGAGACAAAUGCCGCCGGUCACCCUGAGGAUUGAGUCGCAGUGCUCCGAUGUUUCAAGUCCAGAAAGUGUGGCGGCCAUGAUGCUUAGCGGGAUUGAGCGCGGGACACGGGAGAUCACCAACGAGUUGUUACCAUCCUUGGUGGUGGAUUCGCCGACAGGCUGCGCGCCCGUGGAUGCGAUCGUCGCAGCAGUAACGCAGUUGAUCCGCGCCGGCUGGUCUCAGUAUUUGCACUUGAUGGCGAAGUGGUACGUUCCCAACCUGGUUCGGCAGGGCGACUGA